UUAAGCUAAAACAAGAAAUAUGUCCAACGACGUUUUCCAUUGACUUAACGACAAAAAGUGAAUUCUAUGAGUAUAUAUAGAAGAAAAUGUCUAAAAAAGUUUUUGCAUCUGGACCAGAAAAGGCUGCGUACUACAGGGAUAUUAAGCGAAAAAAGGAAAAAGAAAGACAACUAAAAAAAUAUGAUAAGAAUAAAGUCCUGUAUAACGAGAAAAAACAACUGAAACGACGCGAGAGGCGGACAGAUGAACCUUCAAGAGCAGCGUUAAGGAAACAGAUUUAUAGACGACAGAAGAAGGGCGAGUUUAUUCAGGAAAAAGAAAAAAGAGUCGAAAUGAGCAGAAAGAAAAAAGAUUACCGCAAUAAUAUGAAAUUGAAACAGAAUGAAAUUGAAGGUGUAGAUUUUGAAAACAAUUUAACUGCAUUUCAAUCAAGAACACAAAAACACAGAGCACUGCAGAAGUUAAAAAAUAGUUUACCGAAAACGCCAGAAAAGCGGGUAACUUUAAUUUCGUCCUACUUAAGUGAUACAAAGAGUCCAACAGUUGCAUUGAUUCAUAAGUUAAAAAAAAUUCCAACACCAGAAGAUCUUAAGAGCAUUAAAAUGGCGGAAGCUGUUUUAUCUGACAUGAAGGAUAUUGUGAAUGAUACUAAACACAAAAGAACAAAUGACGCAAGAGCAACGGUAAACAUAAUGAGUGCUGCAGUGAAUGGUGAAAAUGUUCAAAAAUCUAGAUGCAGAAUACAGUUGUCCAAAAAACUCGGAUUUAACGUCAGAAGAAUGUCACAAGGGAAAAGAAUAAGGACAAAAGUUUUGACUACAGAAGUCUCAGCGUGGACAUUCACAUCAAGAAAAACAAGAAGUGACGCUUUAUCUGAAGACAUUAAACGGAAAAUCUAUGAAUACUGGAUAUCUCCCGACAAUUCGCGACCUACUGCAAACAAGAAUGAUAUAAAACGCGAAAGAUUAGGUCCAAAAGUAUACACCAGUCACAUGAAGCACGUGCUUGAAAAAACUCAGACGGAAGUCUAUAUUAGUUUCAAAGAAAAAUACCCUGAUUUGAAAAUUUCGCAGAGAUUAUUUGAACGGUUAAAGCCAUAUUUUGUUGUACCUGUACGUCCAUGUGACCGAGAAACAUGUUGUUGUAGGUAUCAUGUAGAGGCUAGAUAUCUUUUUAAAAGUUGCAUGGAUUUUCGGAAAAAAAUCACACCAUUAUCUGAACAUUUUCCAAUUUUCACCCAUCUCACUGACCUGACAAAUCAUACUUUGUGUCCAAAAACUGACGGUCAAGAAUACCAUCAAUUGAAGUGUGUGGAGCGGAGGUGCGAUGACUGUGGCGUGAACAAAUUGCAUUUAUCGGAAGAAGAACUCUCCCUAACUACAGAAUCACCAAAUGUUGAAUGGAUGCGCUAUGAGUAUGUUUUCGUUCCAACAAAAAGCGGGGAAAAGAAAAAGCUGUGCCUUGUUAAGGUGAACACAAAACCGGGAGAAAUGUUCAAGUACUUUCUUGAAUUGAUAUCAAAGUUUUCAGCACACGUUUUUCGUGCAAAAUGGCAAACAGAACAACUGAAAUCAAUUAAGAGCAACUUAAAAAAAAAUGAAGCUAUUUGCAUUCAUGACUUUUCUGAAAACUAUUCGUGUAAAGAUAAAAUUGAAAUCCAAUCAUGCUAUUUUCAGAAAACGGAAGUUUCGAUACAUGUAUCCGUGAUUUAUAGGCAUCCAAUUGAAAAUCUAGACGGUCCGUCCGAUCCUGAAGUUAAUGGUGGAUUAGUUGAAGAACAGUUUUUUGUUAUAAGUUCUGAUCAAGUUCAUGAUCAUAAUUUUUCACAUGAGGCGCAACGACAAAUAGCGGAUUACCUAAAGAGUAUUAACUAUGAUAUGAAAACAAUGCAUGAAUUUACAGACGGGUGUGCCACACAAUAUAAAUCAAGGCACUGUUUCGGAGACAUAAGCUAUGCAAAACAAGAUUUUGGUUUCAAUAUAGUUAGAAACUAUUUUGAAACAUCACAUGCCAAAGAAGUUCAAGAUGCGGCAGGGGGGUUAAUAAAAAAUCAAGCUGAUUUUGCAGUGACGAGAGGAAAAUUGUAUAUUCAAAAUGCAAAUGAUUUUUAUAACUUUUGUAAGGACAAUUUAGAAACUCCAAGGCAGUCCGCUAUAUGCAAACGUCGAAUUUUUAGAUAUGUUGAGGAAGUUCCCCGAAAUAGAACAAGAUCUUUUAAAGUCGUUCCGUCAGUAAUAUGUAUUCACCAAAUCAGAAGUACGAGUCCUCGAACUGUUUUAGUUCGAGACUUGUCCUGCUACGACUGUUCCAACUGUCCCGAUGAAUAUAAUGCUUGUACUAGCGAAGCCGGAAUUUUUCGUAAAUAUAAACUUUGUCAUGAAACAGAGUUAACCGAAAGACUUAUCGCAAAUAGCGACGAAAAUACUUUCAUUGAAUUGAUUCAACCCGGAAUUAUUUUAGCCGUUUUUACGGACGAUCCAGGAGAGGACUAUUAUAUUUUAAAGUGUUUAUCCGACGUUAAAAAACUAAAUCAAUCAACUUUUGAUGACUGGGGAAACACUUUUCAAGCUGGUGUUCAAUUAAUUGAAGGGUUGUAUUUUGAUAAAUUAUGUGUUAAUGGAAACAAUAUUCAGUUCAAAUUAAUCAAGGGAAAAAAGUCUUUAAUUUACUUGAACAGUGUUAGAUAUAUUUGUAUUGGGGUGGAAUCAAGGUAUGGAAAAUUUAUAAUGACAAAUGAUAUGCACCAUGAAAUUUUAGCAGCAUGUGAUUAA